CCAACGAUAUCUCCCCCGGGUGCUGGCGCACCGAUGCCCGGCGUGCUCCGUACCCCACACCUCGCUCCCACUGCGUUAUCUCAUCUCGGUGUAUGAUCACGUUAUUGAGCCCAUGUGAGAGGAGAAUUAUAUAUCCAGAUAUUUGAUGUACAAGAAACUUUGUAUCAUCAACCAUCGGACAUAAUCAAAUCACCAAUAAGAAAAGUUGCGAUUCAUCAGUCUCAAAGAAGAGGGAGCCAUGAUAAACAUGACCGUCGACCAACCCAUCCCGUUCAUCAUUCCUACGGUCGAUCUCGGCCCGUACCUGUCUGAUACAUCUACGGAAGAGGCUGCCAAGGUCGUGGAGCAAGUUCGCCGAGCCUCCAUAACCAGCGGGUUCUUCCAGCUCGUGGGUCAUGGCAUCUCGAAAGACUUGCAAAGGCGCGUGCAGAAAGCGGCUGAGGCUCUCUUUGCUCUGCCGCUAGAGAAGAAGAAGAAACUGAUGCACCCGACUCUGAAGAACAGAGGAUAUGAGAUUAUCGGUUCGCAGGCAUUACAAGAAGGCACCCUCCCCGAUUUGAAAGAGGGGUUUUACAUCGGGCAACAUAUACCACAAGAGGACAAGCGGGCGGAGGCCCAUCCUCAUCUAAUGGGGCCCAAUCUUUUCCCACAAGAGAUCCCCGAAGACGUUCUUAAGGCGCCCACAGAGCAGUAUUACUCAGAGUGCUUGAGUCUCGCGUCCAAAAUUAUGGAAAUCCUUGCCAAAAGCCUCCCAUAUGGCAACGAUAUAUUCGUGCCGUUCAUGUCCAAUGACCCUGUGUGCUCGAUAAGGCUGCUGCACUAUCCGCCACAAAAAUCGACGGAUGCCAGGCAGCUUGGCGCUGGAGCUCACACAGAUUUUGGCGCUAUAACAUUGCUAUGGCAAGACAUGUCGGGAGGUCUCGAGGUUCUGAACGACAGGACCAACGAGUGGGUCCCCGUUCCACCCAAUCCAGACGCUUACGUGGUCAAUGUAGGCGACAUGCUAUCAAUAUGGACGAAGAACGCGUACAAGAGCGCGGUGCAUCGGGUGAUCAACAAGAGCAACAAGGAUAGAUACUCGGUCCCGUUCUUCGUGGAUGGCAACACUGACGUCAAACUGCUCCCUUUCGAUGGUAGUGAGCCCUGGACUGGCAAGGUCAUCACGGCGGAGGAGCACAUGCUUGAGAGAUUGGGCACUACCUAUGGGAGAGCAAAGCAAACCGCCGAGGCGUCCUAGAUGUUAGCAUAGGCUUGAUCAAGUGUUAAUUGUCCAAUUGCGUGCCGUUGUUUAGUAGUCCAUAAGUAUCACAAGCAUGAGGCGUUUCACAAAGGUGCUGAUGAAGGCGCUGAUAUGAAGUUGGAAUGCAAUUCGUAGCUCAGGC